AGUCUGUAAGAGAGAGAGUGAAAAACUUUGAUGCUGUAAUUUUAGACAUAUUCAUAAAAAAUAGGGAUUUUGUGUUAAUGUUUAUUUGUUAAACCCACUGCCAUUGAGGAAACCACUCAUCCUUCGACCUUGUGCGCAUUUCAUUUGUUCCUCCCCCCUCAGUCCUCCAACACUCCCACUCAUACACCGGCAGAUUAUACCCACGUGGGUGUGCUUAAUCUGACUGACUGUUUACUGAUUUUCUAUCAUGGAAAGUCGUAUCUGAUGCUGCCCUGCGGUAUCAGUCAUCAGCCGCACUCCCAAAGGAAGAGCAAGAAACGGGACGUGGCAUUUAAAACUGAUCCACUUGUGUCUGGGAGGAGAUUUAGGUGGAUGUGAAAGUGCAACAAUUUUUUUAUUUCUUCUCGUUUCGUCCUUUGCAAUCAGAGCGAGUGACUCGACUGGACACCAGACGAUGUUAUGACUUCCACCCUGCACUUUCUUUUAAGCGCGUGCACACUGGAGCUCAGAGCAGAGAGUAACGAGAACUUGCAAUUUUUUUAAAAUGAUGUUCAACUUUUCCCUCAGGUCACUUUUUACAGUUGUGGGAGUUCUUACAGCUAUUAAAGCUGCAGGAAGUCAGAAAGCUGAAGAUGCUGGAGUACUCCCCACUCCUUCACCUAUUUACCCGUCCAUCAAAUUUCAAAUCUUCAAUGCAGACCAUGUGUUUCUUGGUCAAGGUACGGGGACCCCAAGCAACUCAAGCAUCAAAGUUCAGGCUCAGACUUUUUUCAUAAGCAGUCUGGGUGCCGGGUUCCUCCAGCCAGCUAUCAAGGCUUCUUUUGGCCCCCUAGCUGUAGAUGCCACCAUUCCUCCUGAUCUGCUCCUUAGCGGACGAAAAAUCCUUGCGGUUCUUUUGGUCCGUCAGGUUCGAUCCUCAUACCCGUUUGUCAAGAUUCUUUUCCACAUGCCCACAGAAAGCAACAUCACUUUCAGGCAAGAAAUGAUGGACUCUAAUGGCGACAACGAGGCUAAGGCCAAGGAUGACGCUCACUGUGUGACAGCCUAUGCCUUCUGGGAGACAAAGGAAGUCAGAGGAGCUUGUCUGGUUUCAGCAGGUGGAUUCUGUGUGGCUCAGCUAAAGCUGGAACCAUCUUGGUUCAGCUCAGGAAGCAGAUCUGGAAGCUCGAGUCGGGAAACAGAAAAAACCGAAGCAAUGAAGGGCCUUCGGGGAAAUCUUGUGGAGAUCUAUUUCCAGAGCAGAAGGGACCAGACUGGCCAGUGCGCUCCACAAGACAGCCUGCAACGAGUGGGAGUGGGAAGAGGGAGAGACUCUGGGGGAUCCGGAACGCCUCUGCGAAGGAUUGGAAGUGUCUCUCUUAUCAAAACUCAAUCAGGCAACCCUACUUUCCUCAGGCUUCGGCUGGGAGGUGCUGUGAUGAUCCAAACGUCUUCCAAGCCCUUAAAGAGUCAAGAUGUGGGAACUUUUUACAUCUUUUUGGCUAGUACAUCUACGCUGGAAAAUUUCACUUUGAGGGCUGCUGUAAAAUCAGGCUUGUCCUUCAGUGCUGCUCGGCCUAGUGACCCAUUACUGUGGGAUAUCAUUGUGGAGCCUGGGAGAGGAGCAACUCCCAAUGCUGUUUCUGUCGUCUGCCGAAGGAAGGCUUCCAUUGCCUCAAAACGGGGUCUUCUGGAGAUUUUGCAGCUAGACUUUGUGCCAAAAGAUGUCUCCGAGCAGAUUGAGAGUCAGGCUAUCUCUUGGCGUCUGGAGCUGCCAGGGAAUGUCAAAGAUGUUGGCUUAAUGCGGAUCUUCACCGCCCCACGAGACUUCAUUGGACUGGCACCUCUGGUGAUGACUACAGAUAUUUUGAAUGCUGCUGUGUUGACGGGUAAAAUGGUUUCAGUUCCUGUGAAAACUCUUGCUGUUGAGGCCAACGGCACUGUUACAGAUGUGACAAACUUCACCAACUGCAAAUCAGCAGAGAUGGAUGUGCUCAAGGUGUCAGAACGCUGUAACUAUGUUUUUGUAAACGGAAAAGAGACAAAAGGCAAAAGCAGCGUGAUGAUCAAUUUCACGUACGGUUUCCUGAGUGCGCAGCUGGAGAUGAGCGUGUGGAUGCCCCGCCUGCCCCUGCUCAUCGACAUCGCCGACCCUGAGCUUAGCCAGAUUAAAGGUUGGAGGGUCCCCGUCACAACAGGCAAUAGGAGAUCUACAUGGGACAGUGAAGAAGAUGAGGACAUGAGGAAGGGAAGAGGAUGCAUGUUACAGUACCAACUCUCGCCAGUGAGGGUGCUCACACCUUUUGUGGCCCAGCCUGAUUCUGAGGUUCUGCCUGGCCCACUUACUGGAGAAGAGCCCGUUGAAUACUUUUUAGGUUCUGAUUGGCAGGUUGAUGUGACUGACCUCGUGCGCUACGCUCUAAAAGUAGCAGAUCCUGAAGUAGCCAGAGUGCAAGACGGUGUUGUACUGCAAGGACGGGCUGUUGGGACCACUGUUGUGCAGGUGUUGUCCCCGGUGACGUCAUUGGUCCUGGCUGAGAGGAGCAUCAGGGUGGUGGAUGAUAAAGUGAGCGUGACAGAACUGGGAGUGCAGUUAGUUUCCGGACUUUCUCUGUCUCUUCAGCUCAGCCCUGGGAGCAACAGGGCUAUUGUUGCCACAACGACCACAAGGGAGACAAUCACAGAGCUCAAACAGGAAGCAGUGGUCAGCUGCUGGGUUCAAUUCAGUGAUGGGGCGGUUGCUCCACUGGAGCUUUUUGACCGCGGUGUCUACUCUCUCAGUGUUUCCACCAAUGAUGAGAGGGUGGCCACUGUGCGGCGUACACCACUGUCCACAUUUGUGGUUGCACAAGGUGAAGGCGAAGGCCGUGGGAGGCAGGUGAAGGUGGAGCUGAGGAUCUGUGAGGAAUGCCAGAAGUCCAAGAGGAAGAGCAAGCUGGCGGUGGGAGCAGGGAUUCUCAAGACUAACUUUCAGAGCGGACGAGUCGUAGGAGGAGCAAGUAAAAAUGUGGAAGCAGUGGGUGGCAUUAAAACAGCAGGGACUUCGCAAAAAACGGUCACUUUUAUGGAUAAAAGGCCAUCCACUGGCACAAUGACCAACCAGCAGGCAGUUUUAGCAGAAAGCACUAUCACAACAACCCUUCCCAACAGAUAUGCACAAACACCUGCAGUAUGGGCUGGAAGAACAAAACCUACAGGGGGUGCUGCAUCUAGCAUCAUUAGCACGGCCACUCCUACAGCUAUCAAGAACUUAUGGUCCGAUGCACAGCUGAACACUGCCAAACCAACAGUGAGUUUUAUUAGUAAAGGAGAUGGGAAAAAGAAAAGAUAUGGAAACAUGCUUGACAACUCUAAUUCAUCUUCUAACAAUGCCAAUCCGGAAGGUGACAAACCUGAGAACGAGUCUCCGAAAACUAAAGCCCCUAAAGUAAUUGAGAGCGACCUCAUCAGGACUUUCAAAGCCUUGUCCGACUUGGAGAUUGGCAUGUAUUCUUUGAUAGGCGUCUCUUGUCUCGCCAUCGUGGCAUUUUUGCUCAACUGUGCAUCGUACAAGCUGUGUUUUCGGAAACAGAAGACCCCCAUACAGACUGCCCCAGCACCCACUGCAGACCCGAAGGAUCACAAACAUGACUGGGUGUGGAUGGGGAGCAACAGUGACAGCACACCUCCACCAGGUGCUCCAGCUGCCCCAGCUCAAGCCGCAACACUGAAACGUGAGCCUCACCGCCCUCUUGAGUCCCAUCAUUCAAUAGAUCCAAUGGUUCCCGGUGGCCUGCAGGGGUCUUUGCCAACUGUGAGUGCCCCAGCUGUCCCAGAGAGAACGGCUACAUUGGGACGCUGCAGGAGCAGCUCCCAGCAACACCAGUUUCAAGUGAAGGGCAUCGACCCCAUGGCCAACCGGUCAGCCACUUUGCUGGCGAGGCCACACCGCAGCGAGCCUCUGCAUUCUCCCACCAGUAAGAGGAAUCAAGUCCAGUUUACCACUUUCACGACACUGGACAUCAAGCACUUGGCUGCACUGAAGAAGAAUGGUGUGGACUUAAACUGGGCUAACCAGAAAACGCAGCAGCAGCCCCUUCCUCAGCCCCAGGCACCUUUACCUGACAUGCCAUGGCCUGUUGUCACACCAUUAGGAGAGCCCCAGUGAGUUUGCUGAGCCGUACACAUAUGUUGACAUAGGUACUAAGGAGGAAUAUAGUGCCUUUUAAACAUAUUCAUACCUCUUGAUUGGUCCACAUUUUGUCACACUACAAUCAUAACCCCCAUGUAUUUUUUCAGAUUUGAUGCAAAAAAUGUUUUUUUAAAUU